AUGUCGAAAUACAUCGAGAGCGAGCCAGAGGAGGACGACGAGGAUGACUGUCACGAUUCCGAGAACGAGGAGGACAGGGCAUUCAUCAAUGACGACGCCGAGGAUGACAACGACAUGUCGGUAUACCGCGAGCACCAGAGCGAUUGCGACGAGGACAGCACAGUGGAGCUGCGCAAGAUCACCAGCAGGAUGAUCCGCGGGCACCAACCCAUGGAGGACGACUGGAUCUCCGACGAGGAGGACGAGCCCGAUGGCUACAUCUACGACUUUGGGAUCAAGAACCAGAAAAGCACCAAGCAGCGCGAGGAUCUCCUCAGGCAGGCCGUCAAGGAGGAUGAACGCGCCCUCUUCGUGAAAAGCACAAAGGAAACCACACACUCUUUCCAGAGGCCCGUGAUCGAGAGGGUAUCGAAACCGCUGCCUGCCAAGCCCACUGAGACAGAGCUCAAGCCCCGACAGUUCAGCUUUAUCCAGGACUUAGAGGAGAGCGAGAGGAAGAAGAGACUCAAAGACAACGCGGCAAGCCUCGCAAAGACCCUCAGCAAGGAGAGGGAGAAGGUCCACCGCAGGCUCACCGCACCGCCACGCAAGGCAGUCGUCAAGAAGCCCCUUGUCGCUGAGAAGGGGGAUAAGAGCAUUAAGGAGUUCUUCACUAAAAUUUAA